AUGGUCGAACAGCAGCCAGCUAUUGUCUUGCAAGCGAAAGGGAAGAUUGAGAUUGAAACCAGACCGGUUCCUAAAAUCGAAGAUCCACAUUAUGUCAAAUUACAGAUAAAAAAGACCGGUAUCUGUGGAUCUGAUAUUCAUUAUUACAAGGAGGGUGCCAUCGGCAACUUUGUAGUGAAAGAGCCUAUGAUUUUGGGUCAUGAGUCAAGUGGAGUCGUGGUCGAAGUUGGGGAAAAGGUGACUAGAGUCAGGCCAGGCGAUCGUGUUGCUAUUGAGCCUGGUAUUCCUAGUAGGUAUUCGGAUGAGACCAAAGAAGGUAGGUACAAUCUUUGCCCACACAUGAGAUUUGCAUCCACUCCACCGGUUGAUGGUACCUUAGCCAAAUACUAUCUUGCUCCGGAAGAUUUUCUUGUGAAACUCCCUGAUCAUGUUUCACUCGAGGAGGGCGCCCUUGUUGAGCCAAUGUCAGUCGGAGUACACUGUAACAAAUUAGCUGAAAUUAAGUAUGGGCAAAAGGUUGUUGUAUUUGGAGCGGGCCCUGUUGGUCUCUUGACAGGUUCUGUGUCACGAGCGUUUGGUGCUAGCGAAGUGGUCUAUGUGGACGUUUUCGCUAAUAAAUUGGAACUUAGCGGUGAGUUCGGCGGUACCCAAGUUGUUAAUUCGUCCAAAUUCAAAAAUGAGGAUGAAAUCGUGGAUGAAAUCAAACGCGUACUAGGAGGUAAUGAACCUGAGGUUGUUUUUGAGUGUUCAGGCGCCGAAAUUUGCGUUAGAUCAGGAAUUAAGGUCUGUAAGGCCGGUGGUUGCUACGUUCAGGUGGGCAUGGGAAAGGACGACGUGAACUUUCCUCUAUCUGCUAUUGGUCCCAAAGAACUUCGUGUGCUCGGCUCUUUUAGGUACUGCUCGGGCGAUUACAGAGACUCCGUCAAGCUUUUAGCAGAGAAAAAAGUAAAUGUUAGGCCACUUGUCACACAUCGUUUCAAGUUUGAAGAUGCUCGUAAGGCCUAUGAUUUCAACAUUGGCCAUGCUUCCGAAGUCAUCAAGACCAUAAUUGACGGCCCCCAAUAG